UUAUAAGUUUCUCAUUACUUCUCACUUGCAGGAAAGAGAGAAAAAAUGGCUUCGUUUUGUAGAUCAGCUGCGAGGUCAGGGAUGAGAUCCAUGGCUGCGUCACGGAACCAAAACCUAAAUUCAAAACCUUUCUCUUCUCCGUUCCCUCUUCCAACAACAAGCUCUCUUCCUCGCACUUCUAGAUUUGCAGUGGCCCUGGCAAGUGUGGAAUCAAUGAUGCCUCUUCACAGUGCAAUUGCUAAUUCUCGUCUCAAAUCAAGUAUUGCUGUUGACUCUAGUUGCUGGAGUUGGAUGUCCCAAGAUUUUGCAGUUCCUCGGUGACAAAGUUUGAAGGCUAUCACAACUCUGAACCCAGAGCAUUUGUUUGAUUUGUUUUUCUGUUAGCCACAACUUCUGUGCUUCUGUUUGGUGCAAGUGAUGCCUUGUGGUAUAUGGAUUUUGUAUCUUCUCUUGAAUGAGCUAAGAGUAUUGAGAGCUUAUAACUUGGAAAUUUUCAUUGUAUUGAUAAAAAUAAACAUGAAAGCCUGUUCCGUUAUGAUUAAUGGUACUACUAAGCUUGCACGAGAAAAGGCAAGAUGUUUCACAGGAAGCACAGCCAAUUCAGACUCUGAAUUAAAUCCAUAAUAUGGGUAUGUUAUGUUUCUU